AUGGCUGCAACUUGCGGUGUCUCUGUCAUCACCCCCAAAACCCUAAUACUUCAUUCAUCUCACCUGGUCUCAAACCCUACCCCGUCCUUUCCAAAACCUUCACUAAAACAAACUCACCAAUUCUUCUUUUCCUUCCGGUUCAACGCACUACUGAAUUACCUUCCAAGUCGGUCUCACUCGACCCCUCGUGCUACUCUAUCGUCUCCGGUUCGGGCAGCUCUCGACAGUGAGUAUUCGUCGAGGAGGAGGAGUAGCAGCAAUGAGCCCAGGGAGACGCUAAUGUUACCGGGCUGUGACUACAACCACUGGCUCAUUGUCAUGGAGUUCCCCAAAGACCCUGCACCCACCAGAGAGCAAAUGAUCGAUACUUACCUCAAUACUCUCGCUACAGUUUUGGGAAGCAUGGAAGAAGCACAGAAGAAUAUGUACGCUUUUAGCACCACUACUUAUACUGGCUUCCAGUGCACUGUAGAUGAAGCAACAUCAGAAAAAUUCAAAG